UGGUUGAAUUUUGUGUUAGACAUUGUUAACGAACCAAGAAUCAUAAACCUUCAAAUGAUUGUUAAAGGAAUUAACUGUAUAAAAAUUAUCUAUGAAUGUUAGAGAAUAUUUCUAUAUGGUUUAAUUGAAGCUUGUUAGCUUAAAACAAUGUUUUUGAAAUUGGGGCCGAGGUUGAAGAUGACCAAUUGCAUAACGGUUGACCACCGUGUGGAACAAUUGACCAUUCCGCAACCAGUUGACGUUCCUAGAGCCCUUUUUAUAAUAGCUUCUGCUAUAGGAAGGCCUCUUAAAUUGGAUGAAAGCACCCUCAGGUUCUCUAGACCAGAACUGGCUCGUUUUUGUGUUGAAAUUGAUGUCUCCAAGCCACCCCCUUCUAAGAUUCAUAUCAACCUGGGAGGGAAAGACUUAUUUCUCCAACUGGUGUAUGAAAAUAUUCCACAUUAUUGUUCUUCGUGUUCAAAACUGGGUCACUUGAAAGGUCACUGUAGGAAUCAAGAGCUGGAACUCAAACAACCAGUCCAAAUUAGAGAAAACAAGGGCAAAGAGAUAACUGGAGAAAAGUGGACUGUUAUUACCUCCGAAAGAGGUGGGUCUGAAGCUAUUUGGAAAAGAAAAUUAGGUCCCUCUUCUUCUGGACCUGGGGAAUGUUCCAAAUCAUGUGAGGCACAACAACUACAGGACAAGGACAAGGAGACCCCAGUGCCAGUAGUACCAUGUCCAACCCCUGCAGCAUCAUCUCCCAUUUAUGCUCUUUUAGACCCCACCCGUCCUCAGGGCCAAGAAGUUAUUCCAGAUAGUGAGGGUAAUAAUAUGGCAUUGGUUUUGUGGAAACCAAUGCCUAUAGCUCAAUCUAAAUUCUCACCACUCCUGCAACUUGAAGAAGAAAAUGAAAGUGAUGAAUCCGAUUAUGAAGACCUGGGAAUUAUCUCAGUUUAUGGAAAAAACACCAGAAUAGACAGACUCAAUCUCUGGGAAUCUCUCAUUGAUCACAACCCAGAAGCUAAACCUUGGAUGGUGGGAGGGGAUUUCAACACAAUUACCUCCUACACUGAGCACCAAGCUACAUUUUCUAAGGAGUAUACUGGGAAUCUGGGGGACAUCAUUGCUAACAUUCCAACUGUUAUUAAUGACCUAGAUAACCAGUGUAUCACUACUCUCCCUCUAGAAGAAGAAAUCAAAGCAGCAAUCUGGCAACUCAAUCCCAACAGCUCUGCAGGUCGUGAUGGUUACAAUGGAGAAUUUUUCAAACACUUUUGGGAUAUCAUCAAGGCAGACCUUAUCAGUGCCACUCAUGAAUACUUUCAAGGCAUCCCCAUUCCUAUGGAUUUUGGAAGUACUAAUAUCGCUCUUAUUCCCAAAGUGGAGGGAGCUAGAGAAAUUGGUGACUACAGACCUAUUGCUCUAUCCACCUUUUUUAGUAAGAUGCUGUCCAGGAUUGUGGCUAACAGACUUGGCCCUUUGCUUAAUAAAUUAAUCUCUCCUGAGCAAGCUGGUUUUCAAAAAGGGAAAGGUAUUGAGGAGCAUAUCCUCCUAACCAAUGAACUGAUGCACAACCUAGACUCUAAGGUUAGGGGAGGUAAUGUUAUGAUCAAGCAGGACAUGGCCAAAGACUUUGACAAGAUCUCCUGGAACUACCUUCAGGCCGUCCUUCAAGCUUUUGGGUUUAAUGAACAAAGCAUCUCUCUCCUUCUCCAAAAUUUUAGGGCAACUUACAUGUCUGUUUUGGUGAAUGGGAAACCCAAUGGGUUCUUUAAAAUCAUGAGGGGAGUUAAGCAUGGUGAUCCUCUUUCCCCUCUCUUGUUUAUUAUAGGAUCUGAGGGUUUUUCAAGAAGCUUAAAUCAUGCCAUCAAUUCUGGAUACAUCUCCCCUUACAAGGUGGGGAAGAAUAGAGUGAUAUCCCAUCUUACUUUUGUAGAUGAUCUUAUUAUCUUUCUUAAGGGCAACCUUAGGAAUAUCCUUAGAUUCAGACACCUUCUGGAUAGCUAUCUUAAGGCUUCAGGACAGGAGGUUAAUAAAAAGAAAAGCAGGAUAUUCUGCAAGAAAGGGAGCAGAGGCUUAUAUACUAGGAAGCUGGAAGAUACUUUAGGGUUUAAGGUGGGAAACCCUCCUUUCAAAUACUUGGGCUCUACUAUCACUCGGGGUAAACUAAAAAAGACUCACUGUGAUCACAUUCUUCACCAUUUUGAUGCUUAUAUCAACAAUUGGUAUAGUAAAGAGCUUAACCCUAUGAGUAGACUCAUUCUUAUCAAGCAUGUCCUAAGUGCAAUUCCUAUGCAUACCCUUGCUGUCCAAGAUCUUCCUAAAUCCAUUAUUAGGACUAUUCAUGGCAAACUGGCUAACUUCUUCUGGGGGAGCAAACAAGGAAGAAACCAUUACCAUUGGGCCAAAUGGGACACACUAACUAGACCCACUGGAGAGGGAGGUGCAUAUGUAAUUACAUUACAUCGUACACUUGGAGAACCAUUGGGAAAUGCUGCUGAAAUUUUGAUAGGUAUGUCAGACAAACAGAAGAAGAAAAAGGUUAGAGGUGCAGGGAAGUGCGAGAAGUUGUAUAAGAGGAGGAGGGAGGUUCACCCGCCUAUAGAGUUUGAGUGGGAUGGUGGGGAGCGUGUACGUGGACCGGAUCAUUACGGUGAGACUCCUAUUUGUCUUUACAACUACAUAGAGCCAAAGCAUUGGGAGGAGUUUCAGAUUCAAAACGAGACCGAGGAAGCUAAGGCUUUGAGCAAAAAGAACAGGGACCUACAGAAAAAGAAUCCUUAUCCGCACUUUAUGGGCCGGGGAGGAUAUGCCAUGCUCCAGCAUGAGUUGGCUGCUUCUCAGGCCACCACUUCUGCCAAUAUCGCUGGUUUGUCUACCGAGAUGGGUUCUCAGCUCGAACGGGAGGACUCUUGGUUGCGAGGUCACACCCUGGGGAGGCUGCCAGAAGAUACGGACCCUGCACUGAUGGAGAUUCGUGAUAGGAUAGUCCAACUGAAUAAAGAGGUUGCAGCCGGUACCUUUGUGCCAGAUGGGCACAAUGAUGUACUUACUAGAGCAUUAGGGACUGCUGAGCACCCGGGCGGAUGAGGGGUGUUGGGUCAUAUGUGGGCUUACGUAAAGUUUUUCAAAGGCAACAUGAAGCCCCGUAAGCCCGAAGGUAACUAUAUGACUGAGUAGGAUUUUUUGCAGCGUUUUCCUUCCUUUUUGCAGCAGUAUAGACUAUCUGUGUCCGGGG